CUUGGCCCGCCCACCCGCUUCCUGUGGGCGGUGCAGGGCCGAGGCGCGCCAGCGUUUACGUGUUUGUUGUGCGCGCGCGCGUCGCAACUCGGUCCCGAGCCCGCCAUUGGCGCUUUCCAGUUAACCGCGUCCGACUGACCGGGAUUCGGGGCUGAGAGAGGGACGCGCGUAGCGGCCCCUCUCCUGGCAGCUUGGAGAGGUCCGUUAUGGCGGAGGCGAAGGCGGAGGCGGAAGGAGCGAGCGUGGCUACAGUUACUGGUUCGGGUGCCGACGGCAGUGGUCAGUUGCCUGCAGUCGAAGGAGAGGGAUUUGGGGCGAGGGGCAAAGAGAAGGACGCGGCCGCGAAAGGAAAAGAGGCCGGCGGGGACAGCGAGGAGGACGGCGAGAAUGUGUUCGAAGUGGAGAAGAUCCUGGACAUGAAAACUGAAGGGGGUAAGGUCCUUUAUAAGGUUCGAUGGAAAGGAUACACAGCAGAUGAUGAUACCUGGGAGCCUGAGAUUCACCUUGAGGACUGUAAGGAAGUUCUUCUUGAAUUUAGGAAGAAAAUUGCAGAUAACAAAGCUAAAUCAGUGAAGAAAGAUAUCCAGAGACUGUCCUUAAAUAAUGACAUAUUUGAGGCAAACUCUGAUAGUGAUCAACAGAGUGAGACUAAAGAAGACACUUCUCCAAAGAAGAAAAAGAAAAAAGUAAGGCAUAAGGAAGAGAAAAGCCCCGACGACCUGAAAAAGAAGAAAGCAAAGACUGGGAAACUGAAAGACAAGCCCAAACCAGACCUGGAGAGCUCCUCUGAAUGUUUGGGUUUUGAUUUAAGGACAAAGAAAAGAAUUUUGGAAGCCAAAGAAGAAUUAAAGGAAUCCAAAAAGCCCAAAAAAGAUGAUAUAAAAGAAACUAAGGAGUUAAAGAAAGUUAAAAAGGGUGAAAUAAGAGAUUUAAAGACUAAAAUAAGAGACGAUUCCAAAGAAAUUAGAAAAACAAAAAAAGAGAAAUGUGUUGAAUCUCAGGUGGACUCUGACCUGGGUGUACUUAGUGAUUCCCCGCUUCAGGAAGAGGACUGUGAAGAUUUACAGGUUGACAAAGGAGAGGAGAAGCAGAAGUUUAGAGGUGCUAAAGAUAAAGCUGAGCAAGAAGCCAGCCUAGAUCCUGCUUCUGACAUACAGCAGGAUGGCAAUGUAAGUGCUGAUGAGGACGAGGUCAAAGCAAGGAGGAAAAAAAAGAAACCGAGAAGGACAGAGGAACUUAAAGAGAGCAAAAAGCUAGAAAACAAGAGCCUCUUCUUAGAGAAGAAAACUACACAGAAAAAGCAAAGGAAUCAGGACAAAGGCCAGAGCAGCACAGAGUUGGAUAAGCCAGUGCCUGCCUCUGCUCUGACACCGCCGAGGAUGUCCAGGCCCACAGAUUCCCCGGGGGAGGAGAGAGAGACCAAAAAAUAUGAACCCAAAGAAAAAUACCAGAAAAAGCAAGAUUUGGACAAGGAAGAAAAAGGCCGAAAAGAGCCCAAGGCAUUAAAGAUAGCAUUUAAGGAAAUCAGAAAUGCGUUUGAUUUGUUUAAAUUAACUCCAGAAGAAAAAAAUGAUUUUCCUGAGAAUAAUCGGAAGAGAGAUGAAAUACCGCCAGACUAUAAAGUCACAGAAGACCACAAAGCCAAGGAAAACAAGCCGUCACUUAAAGAAAGAAGAAAUACAAGAGAUGAGACUGACACGUGGGCAUAUAUAGCUGCAGAAGGUGACCAAGAAGUUCUGGACAGCGCGAUCCGAGUGGAGGAGAGUCCUGAUGGCAGACAGCAGGUUCUGAGUCUGGGCAUGGAUCUGCAGCUGGAGUGGAUGAGACUGGAGGACUUCCAGAAGCAUCUUGAUGGAGAAGAUGAGAAUGUUACUACAGCGGAUGUGAUUCCAAGCAAUUUAUUGAGGGAUGCUGUGAAAAAUGGGGAUUAUAUUACUGUGAAGGUUGCACUUAACUCAAGUGAAGAAUAUAACCUGGACCAAGAGGAUUCGAGCGGGAUGACACUGCUGAUGCUCGCGGCUGCAGGAGGGCAGGACGACCUGCUGAGGCUGCUCCUCAGGAAGGGGGCGAAGGUGAAUGGUCGGCAGAAGAAUGGGACUACAGCACUCAUCCACGCCGCCGAGAAGAACUUUUUAACUACUGUGGCUAUUCUUUUGGAAGCAGGAGCUUUUGUAAACGUCCAGCAGAACAAUGGUGAGACGGCACUAAUGAAGGCUUGUAAAAGAGGAAACUCAGACAUUGUCCGGCUGGUCAUUGAAUGUGGAGCUGACUGCAAUAUUCUGUCAAAGCACCAGAACAGUGCACUGCAUUUUGCAAAGCAGUGCAACAACGUGCUGGUGUAUGACCUGCUGAAGAGCCACUUAGAGACACUUUCUAGAGUAGCUGAAGAAACUAUCAAGGAUUACUUUGAAGCACGUCUUGCGCUACUGGAACCAGUCUUCCCAAUAGCGUGCCAUCGCCUCUGUGAGGGGCCAGAUUUCUCAAUGGAUUUCAAUUACAGACCCCCACAGACUAUACCAGAAGGCUCUGGCGUCCUGCUGUUUAUCUUCCAUGCAAACUUUCUGGGUAAAGAGGUCAUUGCUCGCCUCUGUGGACCAUGUAGUGUACAAGCUGUUGUUUUAAAUGAUAAAUUUCAACUUCCUGUUUUUCUGGACAGUCAUUUUGUUUACUCAUUCAGCCCUGUGGCAGGCCUCAAUAAAAUGUUCAUAAGGCUGACGGAAGCACCUUCUGCUAAGGUUAAGUUGCUAAUAGGUGCAUACAGAGUACAGCUACAGUGACCAGAAAGAAUUGGAAGUGUUUCUCUUAAGACCUAUUUCUAAAUACUCUUUGAAGCAGUUUGGAAUUCUGGCACAGCUAAUAUUUCCAAAUUUAAAGUUUCUUCUGUAAGCCUCUUGCAUUGAAUGCCAGUCAUCUGUUACAGUCUGUUGAGAUGGGACACAGUGGGUCUAACAUAAAACACAGCUGUAAGUAUUUGUGCAAGUGUUCUGAGUCUCAGUGUUGUGUCCAGACUAUGUUUUUCCACAAUGUGGAAUGGUACAUAUGAGGAUUAUUUAAGAAAAUUAAAACUUUUUUUUUUUUAACUUGAAAAUUUUUUUUACUAGCCCUAGUGAAUUUUUGUGUUAAAAAACCCCAGCAGGAAUGUUACAUUAAGUUACCCAGGCACUAAGAUAAGGUAUGAGUUUGCAGCCCUCAAAGUAGGACAAAUCUUAAAAAAACUCAAGGAAGGUUGAAGGUUUGACCUUUCCAACAAGCUGUUGACAUCAAUCCUGAGUAAGUGACAGCUUUGUAUAUGUGCAGUUAUCCUUUAUUGUUUGUAAAGAAAAUAAACCAGAAUCUGAGAUAUAGCAGAAAAAACAAACUGGGACAUUACAUGAGGCAUAAAAGGUGAUUAUUACAUGUGAACUGUAUCCUUGUUCUUGAACCCAAGUCAUCAGAUGGUCUGUUGUUCUGAACACUGGGAAGGCCAGCCACACUGUGCCUCCAGUCAAGUGAUUUCCCACAGGUCUAAUGCUUCCAUUCUUUCAAGAAAUAUUUGGCAAACUAAUAAACCAAGAUGUCUGGAUUAUAGAAAUGUAUAAAAUCAUUAAGUUCGAUUGGUUUUAUAAUUGAGUUAAAUUUUAAUGAAGAAUUUUCAGAAAUGUCUGGGUUCCAGAACCCCAUCAGAUACCAAGAUCCAAGGAUGCUCAAGUCCUUCACAUGAAAUGAUGUUGUAUCUGCAUUUAACCCCUUUGAGUCCCACCUUUUACUUUUAAUCAUCCCUGGACUAACCCUAACCCUAAAACAAAGUAAAUGCUAGGUGUUAAUGUUAAUUCUAUAUAGAGAGGGUUCCUGGUGUGCUUUUGGGGAACUUUUUUCUGCCCUAGACGCAGGCAGAACUUUUGGAUACUUAGAGCAAACCACGUACACUGUAUAGACAUUUCAGGGUUAAAUUGACUUUUCCUAUAGUGUCCUCAAUAAAAAUACAAUGUUUGUCUGUUUUCUA